AUGGAAGCAUGCGAAGAACAGCACCUUAAUAAUAGCACAUCAAACUCGGAGGAGAAACAAUCAGACAGUUUUAAUUCCUCUGAAUUAGACGAUGCAAUGAAUGACCUAUUAACUCAAGAUAUACAAGAAUCCCAAAACGAUUCAUUAGUAACACAAGAAGAAGAUCUGUUGGAUAUGAUGAAAGAAAAAUCGGUUCGCAAGAAUGCAAUGCAGAAACUUAAUGUUUAUACAGCAAAAAAGAUUCUACGGCGAGCCAAAUAUUUAAAGGAAAAGAAUUACUACUUUAUUAGUAAUAAAAAUUAUACAUGGAAUCAUCCUACAAGAGAAAGACAUAGUAUACAAAAGAUAAGGGCAAGGGAAACACUCGAUAAAUUAGAUGAAACUACAUCACAGAAAAUUAAGAAGGUAGUUAAAUCAGGCGAUUUAACGAUUCAAAGAUUAUGUAACUUAGGGCAUCAAAUUCCUCUAAUAAGUAAAACAAAAUUUAUAACUCCAAGCUCGUUGUUAAAUGUGUCGUCUUACGAAUCAGGUCAAUCAAGUUUGACACCUGAAAGUUUUCCAAAAGCUAUCGUUUAUCCAGAUUCCAAAAAACUUAAUGUCCAACCUAUGAAAGCAACAGAGCAUGGAAGAAUGUCAUUUAAUGAGGUUUUUACAAAAGCAACUGAAGAACAGAUCCAGACCCAAAAGACUAUUGAAAAAGCAGUUUCCAAAACAGAUUCGAGAAAAAAACCAAGAAAUCGUGAUUUAGCUUCAAAACAUAAAGGAAGCAGUAAAAUUGAAUCAGUAAUUGUUGAAAACGAAUCAAGUGAGAAACAACCAGUCAAGUAUUUAAUUCCUCAGAAUUUGCUAGCUUCCCAAAAUGAUGAACUGAGUACAGAUUCUAUUAAAAAUGAUUGUAAUGCAUCAACAUCCAAAUCGAAUAGAAAUUCGGUAUCAUCAGAUGAAAAUUUAGACAUUUCACAUUCCGUGAUACCUGAUAGACCACAAAUCAAUUUUGAUCUUAUAGAUGCUCUUGCGGAUUAUAGAGUCAUUGCAAGAUAUCUGUUUAAUAAACUUGAUGUUUCACCUAUAGAUUUUGAUGGAACUGAUGACUACAUCAACCUUUACAAGUUAUCACGCAAUUAG